AUUUCAUUUCCUAGUUAAUUUUUUUUUUAAAUUCUCCAAACAUUUUGCUUUAAAAUUAAUUAUCUUUUUACCUAUUUGUAUUACCUUUUUAAAAUAUUAAUAUUAAAUAUAAAUUAUCAGUUAUAUUAUAAGGUUGUGUAUUCAAACACAUCCUAAUGUUCUGCUGAAUACAACAAAUCUAACCAUUUUAGUUAAAAUGCAGCCUCAAGAAAGUCAACCCAAAUAUGCAAAAUUAAAUAUAGGUGGUUCAUUAUUUUACACAACAAUUGGUACAUUGACCAAGCAUGAUACAAUGCUUAAAGCUAUGUUUAGUGGACGGAUGAAAGUACUUACUGAUACUGAAGGUUGGGUCUUAAUUGAUCGUUGUGGAAAGCACUUUAAUUCUGUGUUAAACUUUUUGCGUGAUGAACAUGUAGCUCUUCCAGAUAAGACACAUGAAAUUGCUGAGUUAUUAGCUGAAGCCAAAUUCUAUUUAAUAUCACCACUUGUUGAAUCUUGUCAACAAGCUUUACGGUCAAGACAAUGUAAAAUUGAACCUCAAUGUCGUAUACCUCUUACAUCAUCUAGUGCAGACUUAUGUCAAAUUAUUACAAUGAGUACAAAACCCACUGUUAAACUUCUUAUAAAUAGACAUAAUAACAAGUAUUCAUAUACAAGUGCUUCUGAUGAUAAUUUACUGAAAAAUGUUGAAUUAUUUGAUAAGCUUUCAUUGCGUUUUGGUUCAAGAUUUUUAUUUAUCAAAGAUGUUAGUGGUUCAAGUGAAAUAUGUUGUUGGAGUUAUUUUGGAUUAGCAACUAAAGUUGCUGAAGUUUGUUGCACAUCAAUUGUUUAUGCUACAGAUAAAAAACAUACAAAGGUUGAUUUCCCAGAAGCAAGAAUUUAUGAAGAAUGUCUUAAUCUAAUGCUUUAUGAGAAUCGUACUGAACCAGACCAAGAACUUAUGCAAGCUACUUCUUGGCGUGGUGCUGUAUCGGGUAUGUCAUCAGCUUAUGGAAGUGAUGAUGAAGAAGAACGAACUCGUAUAGUGCUUAGAAAAAGAUUGGUUUAGUAUUCCAUAAUCAGGUUUUUAAAAAAAGUUUAAGUAACGAGUAGUGAUGAUCACUAAUUAAUAUUCUUUGAUUAUAUUUUCAAUUACCCAUAAACCUUGCUUCUUUUGAAGCUAUACUUGUUAUUACUAUUGUGGAAGUUAGGUUCUAAAGGACCUUUGGAUCAUACAGUUGUAUUUAUUGAAAUAAUUGUGAUGACAGACAUAAAAAUAACAAUUUUUAUAAUUUAUUCUUGACAAAUGUUUAUUUUUUAUUUUAUUUAUUUGUAUUAUAUAAUAGAAAUGAUUCAUACAUCAUAAUUAUCUAUUUUAUCAUUUAUAAUUAAUUUUUAGUAGUAAAUUACUACAAAAUUUGAUUUGAAACAUUUUUGUGUUUUAGUAAGUACUAAGUACUUCACCGACUAGCUAAUCUAAUCUAUAAUUUGUAUAAUAAUAAUUCUUAUGAAUGCAAUUUUACAAAUUUAAAUAAUGUAUCGUAAUUA